GUCAUUGACAUGUGUGCGAUAAAAAUGGUGCUCGUUUACCAGCUGGCAUUCAUUUUGUGUUGAAAAAGUGAACAUUUUAGUCAUAUCGUUAUAAUAGCCAUGGCUACAGUUUUGGAUUUAGUGAAACAUUACCAGCAUUCAAUAGAGAAAUAUCCUAAAGACGAACAGAAGAUUUUAAAAUGUAUUGAUAAGUUAUUCAACCUUGAUGUCACUGUUCAACAUCUGCAAGACACAGGAGUCGGACGUACAGUGAAUGCACUGCGGAAACAUCCAGGUGAUGUAGGAAAAGCCUCUCGAGCUCUGAUCUAUAAAUGGAAGUGUAUGGUCGCUGCUGAGGAAAGUGACCAAGAAAUAGAUCACAAUAAUGAUACCUCCUCUUACAAUGGACAUGGAAAUCAUAGAGAUUCGGAUGAAAAUACGAGACAGUCUAAAAGUGAAGAAUAUCAACUUGAAAAAAAUAAUUACAAUUAUAAAAAUGAUGGCCAAAAAUAUAAUAAAGAAGUUAAUGGUAACUAUAGCGGAACCAAAAGAAAAUAUCAAAGUAGUGAGGAUGAAGAACAUGAUAUGAAGAAGAAAAAAAGCUCUACCUCUAAUGAAGAUUAUUAUGACAGAAAAUGUGAUGUAAAAAUAAAAUCAGAGCCAAAAAGCGAUAGUGAUCUUAACACAGAUCAUUCAAACAGCGAUGAAACGGAUUCUGAAAUAUCUCAAUUAUCUGAAGAAGAGGUAAAAUUGAAGCAAGAAAUUAAAUCAGAACCCACCGAUUACCACAAGUCAUCCUCUAAACGUUCACACAACAAAUGCACAGAUGAUAAAAAAGAGUCUACAUCUAAAAAGUCACGUAAUUCUGAUAAAGAUUCGAAACAUAGUAAUGAAAAUAAAAAUAAACAUGACUCUCAGAAGUCAUCUUCGCAAGAAAAAUCUCACACUUCACAUAAGCACAGCAAUACAAAUGAAAGUAGCUCUGCAAAGAAACAUAAAUUAGACCACAGUUCGCUUGAGAAGAAACAAAAAGAUGAAAAGAAAUCAUCAAAAAGACACUGUAGUAGUUCUGAAAAGCAUAGAUCUUCUUCACAAAGUGCUGAUAGUGGAUCUGUUAAACAUAAGAAUCACUUGGAAAAACAAUCAAGUAAAUCUGAUAAACACAGAAGUUCAAGUCAGUCUCACAAAUCUGAUAAAGAUAAGCACAAAAGUUUAUCAGAGAAGGAAAGUAGCAAUAAACACAAGAUAAAAGAGAGUAGCAGUAGUAGUUCUAAAGAAAAACAUAGUUCCUCUAGUAAGGAAAAGUCAAAAGAUAGAAGCAGUUCCUCAAAAGAAAAGUCAGAUAGUAAAAGUGAAAAACUCUCGAAUGAAAGUAGAUCUAAAUGUAGUGAAAAUAAAAGUAAACAUGAGAAACAUAAGUCUAGCAGCUCCUCGUCCUCUCACAGGAGCAGCAAGUCAAGCAGUAGUAAGUCAAAAGAAGAUAUACCAAAGAAAAAUAAUCAUGUAAAUAAUAGUGAGGAUAGUGAAGACGGCAUUGAUUGCGGCUCAGGUGCUAGUUUUGCUGAAGCCCUAGGAAUGUUAAGUCCAGCAAAACCUAAAAAGAAAUCCACAACUGUUAAAGAAACUCAAUCACCCAAUUCAAUAACUAAUGAUGUAAGCCCGGCCGCCCUUCUGGCACCGAAUGCCAAGCUAGCACCACUACCUGCUCUCGAAAUUUCUGCUUUGCCAGAAAUAUCACCGAACUACAAGCCAAGGCCGCCGCCUAAACUUCUGCCACAUUUUACUGAUGAAGAGGCCAUGAGCGCCGUAAUAUCGUCUAAAAACCAAAGAACUAAGGUAUAUUCCGGUAAUAAAGUAAUGGGAAAAAUUCCAACGCUGUAUGAAAUGUGUGUUCAUCUUCUACAGGAACACAUUGAUGCCCUCGAGUACACGGGCGGCGUGCCAUAUGAACUCUUGAAGCCCGUCGUAGACAAGGCGACCCCUCAGCAACUCUUCGUACUGGAACAUUUCAAUCCAUAUCUUAUGGAAGACACUGACCAUCUAUGGCAGAAAUAUUGCGAGAAGCACUUUAGGAAACAACAACGGCAUGAGAUGGAAACAUGGAGGGAAAUGUACAUUCGAUGCCAAGAAGAACAAGAACAUAGAUUAAAAAAUUUGACAGCCAAUAUUAAAAUAGCACAAGAAGCGAAGAAAGCUCCCAUUAAACAAACAAAGAUGGCUUACGUUGAUACUGUUGUGAAACCACCUCGGAACAUCGCUCGUAAACAGGCGCUGCAUGGAACGGCACGGGCGGCUGCUGCUAGUCCAGCAGCACGGGUGGCAGCUCUGGCCACACCGCUCACAAUUCGCGCUGGAAGCGGGCGACCCGCCCCCUCGCCUUCCCCUGCGUCUGUCCCUGCGCUCACUUCGUUUAAACCCAAGAAAGCGCCUCUCAUGCAAAAAGCACUGCAAUUCAUGCGAGGCCGCAAGCGAUGAUAGACAUCGUUCACUACUUAUGUUGUGUAACAGUGGUAGAUAUAUUGUGAUUUUCGAUUCAGCGUUUCUCGGACUGAGAAUGUAAUUUAUUUCAAUUGACAGAGUAUACUGUGGACAAGUAUAGUUGCCAUGAGUGUGUAUGAAGAUUGAUAACUUUUAUUCGAAUAUUGUGAUAGACUAUACUAAAUAGCUAAAAUUAUAUAUUAUUACUUCAACAGACAAUAAUGUUAAUAUAGUGUGUACGCCAGUAUUUUAAAAUAAAUUACUACUAUCAAUUAUUUCACAUAAAAAUAAUUCAUGACUAAAGGUAACUCUGAGUGUUUGCUUGAGACAACUUGUUUAUUGGAUUAUGUGGCACUAUCUGAAUCGAAACGAUUUAUUUUUAGUAAUAAAAUAUAGUCUUUAACAUGGUAUAGUUUUGUGUUAAAAGCAGCACCUAUACCUGUCGCAGUAACUAUUGUCAAUAAAUCUUUUAUAUAUAUGUAUAUAAUAAUAUAUAUACACUGUCAAUUUUAUAUUUAACUGGUCGAAUGUUUGUUCCUUGUAAACCAAAUAUGACAGUGUACGUGAAUAUAUACAUGUGUAAAAUAGAACAAAUUUUAUUGUAUCAAAAUUUAUUGAACUUAAGCUUU